AUGCAUUUCCAUCAUACCAUCGGGGCAGAUCUUCUCAUCCUAUGUGGGGUCGAAGCUGCCGCAGUUCCAAAACACACUCGUGAUGACACCAGAACUUGUCGUAAGACCAAAGUUGCCGUUCUUGGUGCUGGUGUCGCUGGAAUCACAGCUGCACAAGCGUUGAUGAACGCCUCAGUGACCGACUUUAUCAUUGUGGAACGUAACAACUAUAUAGGAGGUCGAGUGGUGAACACAACACAUUCGGCCAGAAGCCCGACGGAACUACUUACGUCGUUGAGCUCGGGGCGAAUUGGGUGCGAAAUUUCCAUCUGGACUUUGGCCCAAAAGUACAGCCUUGCCAACACCCCUACCGAUUCCAAAUCUGUCAUCACAUAUGACGAGACUGGUCAGGUAGACUACAAAAACCUCAUCGAUGAGUUUGAUGAGGCCUGGGAAGGGGCCCAGAUUGAGUCUGGAAGGUAUCUGACUGAGAACCUUCAAGACAUUAGCGUACGCGCUGGCUUGAGCCUGGCGGGCUGGAGGCCGCAUAAGAAGGACAUGCACGCCCAGGCCGUAGACUGGUUUGGGUGGGACUUUGAGUCCGCAACGCCUCCUGAAGAUGCUAGUUUGGUCUUUGGAAUGACCGGAGUUUACAACGCCACCUACAACCAUUUCAGCGAAGAGGAUCGCUUCAUUUGGGACCAGCGUGGAUUCACCACAAUGGUCACUGGUGAGGCGAGAACAUUUCUCCAAGAUCAGGAUCCGCGGCUCCUGUUAAACACUAUUGUCAAGUCAAUCAAACACACAAACACUUCAGUUGAGGUGUUCUUUGAGAAUGGAGACUGUAUCGAGGCUGAGUAUGCAAUUUGCACAUUCUCUGUCGGUGUGCUUCAGAAUGACGUUGUCAAGUUCGAACCUGACCUCCCUCUAUGGAAGCAGGAGGCAAUCGAAUCUUUCACGAUGGGCACGUACACAAAAAUAUUCAUGCAGUUCAAUCAGACGUUUUGGGAUCUCGAAAAGCAAUAUUUGCUCUAUGCUGAUCCGCAUGAGCGGGGAAGAUACACUGGCUUCCAAUCUUUGACAGGCCCAGGUUUCCACGAAGGGUCUAAUCUGAUUUUUGUUACAGCCACGAAUGCUCAGUCAUGGGUAGUCGAGCAGCAGACCGAUGAAGAGACCAAGGCUGAGGUCCUGGCGGUGUUACGUUCCAUGUUCCCAGGGGUGACUAUCCCAGAACCAACAGCCUUUAUGUACCCACGCUGGAGCCAAUAUGAUAACUGGCCCCUGGGCACUACGCUGGAGCGACACCAGAACGUCCGAGCCAACGUGGACCGCCUCUGGUUCGCUGGUGAGGCGACCUUAAUACAGUACUUUGGAUUCCUUCACGGAGCCUGGUUGGAGGGACAAGAAGCGGGGGAGCGUGUGUCGAGCCUGCUGAAGGCGAAUCUUUUUGGCAGCAAGUCCGGCCCUAUGGAAGUCUAUAAGAAUCUCCACGGGACAACAGAAGAGGACCAGUAUAAUGAGUCCAAUGGUUGGUAUAUCGAUACAGUGGGAGAUGAGUAA